UAUGAAGGGCAUCAUUCAUCUUGAUAAUAGAACUUCUAACCUUGAUGACUUUAUGAAGCUUCUUUAUCACUUUUUUGACGCUUGUUGUUAUGACAGGUUGUCUUGUUUUCUGAGUAAAAGUUUUACUUUUUUAAAAUUUGGAUUUCCAUCACAUCACAGAGAUUUCACCACUGUGUUCACUCCAAAUUAAUGUCUUCUGAGUACCAGAGGAGGACUCACCAUGUGGCUAAAAGGUUUUAUAAGUAACCAUGUCAACAUGAAACUUGUGAAGACCUGUGUCAUCCUUCUCCUUCUGACUGUGUUGUUCUUUACACUAAGAAACAUGGACCUGCUGCAGCUAAAUUAUAAAGAAAACUCUGCCAUCAUCAACAAGAAAGUGACCUCUACUCAGCCCACUGCUCCUCCCACUGCUCCUCACACUGCUCCUCCCACUGCUCCCCACACUGCUCCCCACACUGCUCCUCCAGUGCCUGACAACUUCUGCACCUUCAAGCCACUGUGUUCUGCAGAAGCUGAGGAGGAACGUCUCAUAUUGGAGUCCAUUGCUUGGCCUGAAACUCCUCCUCUGCCAGCUCCUUUUUCAUUGAAUCAGACAAGUAACGCCGCCCACAGCACCUUCACCAUUCUCCCAGGGGGGGUUGGAGACGAGCGGCAUGUAGGAGACCAGCUGGAAGUUAUGAUAAAAAUGUACGACUUCCAAGGUAACCCCAAGAAGUCUGGAGGAGAUGCAAUUGUUACCCGAUUGCACAACAGGGCACUUGAAGCAGGUGUGGCUGGACGAGUGGUGGAUCACCUUAAUGGCUCCUACUCUGCUGUAUUCUCUUUACUCUGGGAAGGAAGUGCACAGGUUGAGGUGACGCUUGUCCACUCAAGCGAGGCUAUCACAGUCCUCCGUAGGCUAAGCAGAGAACAUCCUGAUAGGACUAUCUUAAAGAGCCUCUUCCGCUCAGGUUCAAUCUCUGAAACUACCAUCUGUAAUAUUUGUCUACGUCAAACCAACCAGCCACAGUGCAACUACACUGACCUCCGUACUGGUGACCCGUGGUUCUGCUAUAAGCCAAAGAAACUGAGCUGUGAUACCAGGAUGAACCACAUGAAUGGAGGAAUGGGUAUAAAACUCAAGGCUAAUGAGGCGAAACUUUUCAAAAGCAAUGUCAACAUGCAAGUCUUCAUUCAGGCUUCAGGACCGGCCAAUGUUACUGUGCUGCCUCAAAGGAAAGAGCAACCCAUGGAUAGUCAAGGCAGUGGGAAGUCUGGACUCUCUGGGUAUUACUACCAGGGUGUGUGGCGAUCACUAGGUGGCACCAAAGUCCACCAAUUCAACAACUCCUCUGCCAUCAGUCAGUGUCUGAAAGGAAAGGAGGUCCACCUGUAUGGAGACUCCACCGUCAGGCAGUGGUUUGAGUACCUUGAUGCUUCACUUCCAGAUGCUAAGGAGAUAAACCGCAAUAAUCCAAAGAAAUCAGGACCUUUCAUGAUAUGGGACAAUGCAAAAAACAUCUUGGUGAAGUUCCACUUACACGGUCCUCCUCUGAGUGUUUCCGUCCUUAUCCCAACCAGUGAGCUGCGUUACAUUGCCAAUGAAAUAGAUGAUGUAGUUGGUGGCACCAACACAGUUGUAAUUUUUGGUAUCUGGGCCCACCUCACUCCUUUCCCAAUGCAAUUCUACAUCAGAAGGCUUUACGGCAUCCGCAGGGCGGUGAUUCGUCUGUUAAACAGGGCUCCAGACACGCUGGUGGUCAUCAGGACUCCAAACCUCAGAGGGAUAAAUCCCUAUAUAUUUGCCUUUAAUGACUGGUAUGCUAUUCAACAGGACAAGGUGGUCAGAGCUGUGUUCAAAGGACUUAAUGUUCAGCUGGUGGAUGCCUGGGAGAUGGUUCUGGCCCACCACCUACCUCACUACGUUCACCCACCUCCUCCCAUCAUUAAGAAUAUGAUUAACAUUAUAUUGUCCCUCAUGUGUCCCCAAUAGUGCAUUUAAUAAUAAAAAUAACUUUAUCUAUAUAGCACUUAUCUAAACAAGGUUACAAAGUGCUUUACAGAAUGCAUUCAAUCAAACAUAAUAAAACAUACAUGAAAAGUGCUUCACAAAAGAAUCAGGAUAAAACAUUGGUGAGUU